AUGGUUGAGAAUGAAUUAAUUAAUGAGAAUAACUUAACUCAUAAGAGGUUAGAUGGAACGCCAAAACUUGAUUCCUUUUUUAACAAGGAUGGUUUAUUAAUAAGAACAUAUUCCUGGACAGUUAAGAAGGCAAUAGGUAUAAUAGUUUUAAUUCAUGGUUUAAAUUCUCAUUUUCGGUUACAAUAUUUAAAACAUAAUGCAGAUAUCAUAAGUAAUGAUAAAGCAGUAUUGAUAAAUUCAGAUGAAUAUUAUAUAUAUAAGGAUAGUUGGAUAGAACGUUUGAAUAAUGAAGGAUAUUCUGUUUAUGGUUUAGAUUUGCAAAGUCAUGGGAAAUCAGAUGGAUGGCAGAAUUUAAGAGGUAAUGUAAAUUAUUUUGAUGACUUAGUAUAUGAUGUUAUACAAUAUAUUAAUAAAAUAAAUAGUUCUGUAAUAAAAGAAAGGGAAGAUCCAAAGGAAUAUUCAUAUUCAGAUUAUAAUUAUAAUUUUAAAAAUAAAAUGCCUAAUAUUGUGAGAUCUCCUUUAUAUAUUAUGGGUCUUUCUAUGGGUGGAAAUAUUGCUUUGAGGGUCCUAGAAUUAAUAGGUAAAUCAAAAGAAGUUAAUGAUAAUUUAAAUGUAAAAGGAUGUAUAUCCUUAGCAGGUAUGAUAUCGAUUGAUGAAAAUGCAUCUAAAAUUCCUUUUAAAUUUAAAUAUUUUUUUAUACCUUUAUCAAGAUAUGUAGCUUAUUUUUUUCCCACUUUUCGUCCUAGUCCCAAUUUAAAUUUUGAAAAAUUCCCUUAUAUAAAUGAUAUUAUAAAUUUUGAUAAGAACAGAUAUGAUAAAUGGAUAACUAUGAGAUUUGCGCAUCAACUUAUAGAAGCAACAAGAAAUUUACGGGACGAUAUGAAAUAUAUACCGAAAGACAUACCUGUAUUAUUUAUUCACUCGAAGGAUGACUGUGCAUGUUAUUAUGAAGGGGUUGAAAUUUUUUUUAAUAAAUUAGGAAUUAAUAAUAAAGAACUUCAUACAAUAUAUGAUAUGGAUCAUCUCCUAACCAUGGAGCCAGGAAAUGAAAGAGUCCUGGAUAAGGUUAUUACGUGGAUUAAAGGUUUAGGAGAAGAAAAUGAUGAUAAUAAUUCAGCACAAUGUAUGGAUGAUACAAAUAUGCUUAAUGCUAUUUCACACAUUGAAGAUGAAAUAAUAAAAAGAAGCAAUGAACGCGUAAAACUUGAAAAACAAAAUAAUGAUGAUUUUAUUGCACAAAAGGGAAAUAUUGAAAUGUUUACUGUACCUUUAGAUAAUGAAAAGGAUCUUUGUAAUAUUAGUGAUAAAGAAAUAAUUGAAAACAAUAUGACACAUUCGGAGGUAGAACUUGUAAUUAAUUGA